CGGUUUGAUGGUGGUUGAGUGUAGAGAGGAGUCACCUAAAUCUUUGCCUCAUGGUGGUUGCAUAGUGGGUUUAUUCCUUCCACGACACGUUUGAACGCAGCAGGCGCUGAUCAAGAAAGGAAAUCUUCCGCCAUCAAAAUAACAUAUCAAGCGUUCCUGUCGCCUGCAGAGCCGCGGUCACUUGAGCAAAACGUUUCAAAAGAUGUUUUCCAUCGUGCCGGAAAUCCGCCCAUGGGCUCAUUCUAUGCAUAAAACUGGGCUGGGAUCAUGUCCUUCCAUUUAUCCUGUCAGGUUGACCCACUUACUGGCGGCUCCACCACUUCGAGCCUUCGCACUCCCGUUUUCGUUCCCCAGGCCGCGGCGACAUAAUGGAGAGUGCAAAGACACCCAUUUCUUCAACAACUCCUACCAAGACCUUGGAAGAUGUCGAGAAAUGGUCCUCAUCGGAUGAAGUGCGUAUCGAGGCUGCAAGUUACAUUGUGGAUUCUGAAGCUGAGAAAAGGCUAGUGAGGCGAAUAGACAUACGCUUGGUGCCGGCCUCUAUGAUCAUCUAUUUGCUGUGCUUUCUCGACCGCUCUAACAUUGGCAAUGCGAAGCUCUUGAAUAGUGCUACCGGAGACUCCCUUGUGCAAGUGACACACAUGUCGAACCAGCAAUAUCUCGUGGCCCUCAUGAUCUUCAUCGUCUCGUACACAGUCUUCGAGACCCCAUCCAACUAUAUGCUCAAGAAGUUUCGACCCUCUCGUUGGCUCGCGUUCCUCAUGUUUGGUUGGGGCACCAUGACAAUGAUUCUAGGUGCUGUCAACAACUUUGGCGGCGUAGUUGCAGUGAGAUUCCUCCUUGGCGCUUUUGAGGCUGGCCUGUUCCCAGGAAUGGUCUACUGUUUGACGUUUUGGUAUAAACCGGAAGAACGUGCAUUAAGAGUGGCGCUCAUAUUGGCCUGUGCCACUCUAGGCGGUGCCUUUGGUGGUGCGAUUGCUUUCGCUGUGGGACAUAUGAACGGCGCACACGGGUUACAGGCAUGGAGGUGGCUGUUUAUCAUCGAAGGAGCUCCUUCCUGUGCAGCUGCUAUUCUCACGUACUUCACCUUCCCCAACUUUCCCGAGACAGAGACAUGGUUGUCGCCCGAAGAACGUGAACUGGCAAUCGAGCGUAUCAAGGGUGUUGCAUCACUCGGCCACCACAAGAUCGUGUGGAAAGAGGCAAAGGAUACAUUGACUGAUUGGAGGUUAUACCUACACUAUCUCGUGUAUAUCUCUAUAUCUGUGCCUUUCUCUAGCAUCUCUCUGUUCACUCCGACGAUUGUGUUGGGACUGGGCUAUGAAGGACUGAACGCUCAGCUCUUCACUGUACCGCCAUAUGCCAUUGCAUUUGUGGUGACCGUGAUAGUGUCCUGGUUCUCAGACCGACACGAAAUGCGUUCCUGGGGGACCUUUGUCUCGCUUGUCAUUGCUGGUGUCAGCUUCCUGGCGCAAGGUGCACUAUCUCCUACGUCCUUCAAGGCACGAUACGGCCUACUCUGCGUGGCUGUGUCUUUCUCAUUCGCAAGCAUCCCGCCACUUUUGAGUUGGCUUACUGCUAACCUACGGAACACUGGAGCUUCGACACUUGCUGUUCCUCUGAACGUCUCCAUUGGACAAUUUGGCCAAAUUAUCGGUGUGUACAUAUUCAAGACAUCGGAAGCCCCAGGAUACCCUACAGGGCACUAUACCAAUGCCGCUUUUCUGAUUGAGGGCGCUAUCGUGGUACUUAUCCUCCGAUACAUAUACAUCCGGCGCAAUAAAGCGUUAGGAUCGGGGGAGCGAGAAUGGAGACUCUAGGUUGUCGUACCUUUGACUUGGCAUCCCAAAUGCGCCAAAUGACACAACAGAUACACAUGCCUAAUUUUGAUUAAAUACGUCCGUUCACGCUUAAAAAGUCGUGCCAACGACAAGCAUUACUCAACCGUUCCCUUGUACGGGUAUUACUCGUCAACGCACUAUCCUCUGAAACAGUCAAGAGCGAGGAUUGAAGCGUACAAAAUG